GGAGAGCUGGGUGACCUGGAAGUUGUAACCCUGUCAAGGAUGGCCUAUGCCCAGCCAAAGGUGCUAACACCCAGUAGGAAAGAUGUUCUUGUCCUGACUCCUUGGCUGGCUCCCAUCAUCUGGGAGGGGACCUUCAACAUCCACAUACUGAAUGAGCAGUUCAGGCUUCAGAACACCACAAUUGGACUGACUGUGUUUGCCAUCAAAAAUUAUGUGGUGUUCCUGAAGCUUUUCCUGGAGACAGCAGAGCAGCACUUCAUGGUGGGACACAAGGUCACCUACUAUGUCUUCACUGACCGUCCAGCUGAUGUGCCGCAGGUGCCCCUGGGUGCAGGACGGAAGCUGGUGGUGCUAACUGUGCGCAUCUACACCCGCUGGCAGGAUGUGUCCAUGCACAGGAUGGAGAUGAUCAGCCACUUCUCAGAGGAGUGCUUUCUGCAUGAGGUGGACUACCUGGUGUGUGCAGAUGUGGACAUGAAGUUCAGUGAGCACGUGGGUGUGGAGAUUCUCUCAGCACUCUUUGGUACCCUGCAUCCUGGCUUCUACAGGAGCAGCCGAGAGGCCUUUACCUAUGAGCGCCGGCCACAGUCCCAGGCCUACAUCCCCUGGGAUGAGGGUGACUUUUACUAUGCAGGGGGCUUCUUUGGGGGCUCAGUGUUGGAGGUGCACCAUCUCACCAAGGCCUGUCAUGAGGCUAUGGUGCAGGACAAGGCCAAUGGCAUUGAGGCUGUGUGGCAUGAUCAGAGCCAUCUGAACAAGUACCUGCUUUACCACAAGCCUACAAAGGUUACAGAAUACAUGUGGGACCAGCAGCUCUCGGGCUGGUCCUCCAUCAUGAAGAAGCUGAGAUUUGUGGCUGUGCCCAAGAACCAUCAGGCAAUCAGGAACUGAUAGCUGAAUUCCUGUUGGAGA